AUACUUUACUGUUCCUGUUUGUCGGAGUCAAAAGUUACUGCGGCCCUGUCUGUGGUCUAUAUUUCGCAUUUUAACUGGGAACAUUUGCCGUUUAUUAGCUCUAGGGUUAUGUUACGUUUAUUUUGAACGCGUACACAUUAUGCUUUAGUAAAGUGAAUCGCCAUAAAUGAGGCAAACAGGUGAAUUUAGGAGGCCAGAGGUUUCAAAACAAGCUCUCCUCGGGAACAGAAAGCUUCGAUAUUUUCAGCUUUUUUUUCUUGGUAAGAGAGACCUAUUCGCAAGUUGCAACGAGUCUGUAAUUGUUAUAGUAUUACUUAUGAUAAUGGUAAAAAUGUGAUCGACUGGUAUGGGUGUUUUUUUAUUUUCUUGCAACACGGGUCUACUGUCUGGCAAUAUUCAAGUAGCCAUUGACGUCAGACUUUGAACUGUGACCCGGAACCUGUACACCGGAGGUCCUCCAGGAUGGCUGGGCGAGGCUCUGACACGAUGGAGCAUGAAGGAGGGGAAACUAUAUCAGAUGUCAGUUUUCCCUUAGGAGAGGGUGUGUCUGGCCGCGGAAGAAGUACAAUCUCUAUGUCUGAUGAGGGAGAGGAGGCUUUCUAUGUGCCUGAGAGGAGACCCUCCCUGGACCUGGGAGAUGGCCUGAGACCCAUGGACACUACUCACUGGCAUGAUGUGGAAAGGGCUCAAUCCCCCGGUCCACAGCUACAAUUCGGUAAAUAGUGAUACACAAUUCUGGCCAUCUGAUGAACUGGAUGAAGAAACUGAGCUGUCUGCUACUAGAGUCCAGCUGGAAAGAACAGAGUCUUACUCCAGUGGCUACUCCAUGGACAGUGACUGUGAGACCAGAACCAGGAAGUCUCAAGACGCUGCACCUAAAGAAGAGGGUCCUGCAGUGGAACCUCCAAGACCAGAGCUGAUCAAAAACCCAGACGAGAAGAGGCACCCUGCCCUGACUGUAGACUUCACCUUCAAGGCCAUCAGGAAGACACUGGAGAAACUGGGGAAGGAUGAUUUGAGGACAUUUAAGAUCACGCUGUGGAAGCGCUACCCAGAGUCAUUCAGCUCUCCUCCCCAGGGCAUGGACAUGGUGGACCUGGUGGAUAGACUACUGGAGUUCUAUGACCUAGAGGUGGCCCUGCAGCUCACCAAGGCCCUGCUGAAGGACAUGGGCCUCAAACGCCUGGAUGCCUACCUCACGGACCUCUGCAAGAAAAAUGAGGUGCGUUAUGAGCUGAGAGGCACUCUGUUGAGAAAGUACAGCUGGGUGUGUGAGGGUGUUGCCCAGCAGGGAGAGCAUAAGGCCUUUGACAGUAUCUUUAAUGAGCUCUAUAUAACAGACCGAGGCAAUGCUGGGCCCAACAUCGAGCACGAGGUCAGAAAGAUCGACAAGCUGUCCACCAAUCGCAAGGAAGAGAAGCGGAUCACCUGUAGCCAGAUCUUUGACCCCGAUGUGAUUUAUGAGAAGCAUGUGAGUCAUAUAGUGACCAACGGCAUCGCCGGGGUAGGGAAGUCUAUGGCCGUGCAGAAGUUCAUCAUGGACUGGGCAGAGGAGCGCAAGCACAAUCAUGUCUACUUCCUGUUCCCACUGCCCUUCAAAGAGCUCAACCUCAUGCUGAAACUGAAGAUUAGCCUCCUGGAGAUCGUCCACACACUCUACCCCGAGACCAAGGCGUUGCCCACCUUCGAGUGCGACGAAGGCAAGGUCAUGUUCAUCUGUGACGGGCUGGACGAGUAUGCACAUUCCCUGGACUUCCAUCGCACUGAGACUUGGUGUGACAGCACUGAACCAGCCGCCAUGCACGUGGUGGUAACCAACCUGAUUAGGGGCAACCUGCUCCCCUCGUCUCUCCUCUGGAUCAUCUCUCGCCCCCUCACCUCCAGUCGGCUGCCCCCAGAGUCUGUGCACCAGGUGUUGGAGGUCCGUGGCUUCACCAACGAACAGAAGGAAGAGUACUUCAGGAGGAGGUUUCAGGACCCAGCACAGGCCGAUAAGGUGAUUGCCCACCUGACCUCCUGCAAGACCCUCAACAUCAUGUGCCAUCUGCCCAUGUUCUGCUGUGUGGUGCGGGAGGUUUUCCAGCACACGUUUAGGGAGAAGGGGCCGGAUGCAGAGCUGCCCAAGGGGCUGACCCUGAUGUACACUCGCCUGCUGCUGGUGCACCUGCAUGUGCGUGGUGCCAGGGGAUCAGCCUCCCGCACCCCGGAAGAGGAGAGGGACUUCCUGAUUAAUCUGGGCAAACUAGCCUUUACAAUGCUAGAGAAAAACCAGAUGGUCAUUGGCAAGGCCACCUGGAAGGACUGCGGCGUGGAUGUCGCUGAGGCUGUCACCAAUAGUGGCCUGUGCAUUGAGUUCCUGAUCGAGCAGUUUGUCAUGUACCAGGAGAGGAUCCAGACUUUCAUCCACCCCACCAUCCAAGAAUACCUGGCUGCCCUCUACGUGUUCCUCACCUGGAGGUGUACGGGGCAGAACGUCCUGCAGCAGCCACGGAAUAGCAAGUUCUCACGCAUGUUCAAGGACCCCGGGCUGCUGGACAUGCACCGCAGUGCUAUAGAGAGAAGCUUACAGAGCCCAGAUGGAAACCUGGAUGUCUUCCUGCGCUUCCUGUUGGGCAUGGCCCAGACAGCCAAUCAGGAGCUGCUACAACGCUUCCUACCCGAUAAGAACAAAUGCUCAUCGGCCUCUGAGGAGACGGCCGCCAUUAUCAGGAAGAAGAUUAAAGAGAACCACUACCCUGACAGGAACGCCAACCUGCAGUGCUGCCUGGACGAGCUUGGUGUUGGUGCUGAAGCUCCCAGACGCAGCCACUCAAACUCUGUGAAGAACCAAUGACUGACUACAGUAUUUAUAAAGAUGUAUAUAUUAGGUUUGAAAUAUGGGUUGUAUAGUUAGACAAACUUUUAUAAGGGAAUUGGGGAAGAAAGAUAUGGAUUACUUCAGGGUUGCUUUGUAACUACUCAACUGUGGUAGUAUUGUGGAAAUAUGUCAUGAGAAGUAGCCACGAGGUGGCAGUAGCAUUACACUACUAUACUACUGAGACACAGAAGAGUGAAAGGGAUGUGUGACAAAUUACAUUCAUAGGCAGUCACAUGUAUUGACUGUAUACUUAAUAUAACAUUGUGAUGAUGUUUUACACCAGGUAUGUGCAACUGAUGGGGGUGGGGGGGGUCACAAAUUCCUAACUCACGACAGGCCGCAGUGGCGCACAGGUCUCUGUACCCACACAUGCAGUCAGAGCCAGCCCCAAGCCUUUUGCGGGCCAAACAUUUUAGUGGACCCCUCGACAAGGAAGAGAAACCAUUUAAUUUCCUGUAAUUAUACACAUUUUUCCAUGGGGCUUACAGCAAAUGUUGCAGUUUUAAAGCAAGUUUUCGGCAAUUCUACACAUUUUGCCAUGCUGUCCAGAGAAAUGUUAGCAGUUUUUGAAUAUGAUACCUGAGUGAGAAUUACUAACAAAAUCAAUGGGGGCCCCUGGAUGGUAAUUUGACCAUGAUUACUACAUCUUUAGAUAGCUGGCUAGACUUACUUACCAAUCUAAUUAAGUGACAUUUCAGAUGCACAACCAAAUUUCAAAAUUGCACCUUGCAGGGUUGGGUCAAUUACAUUUAAAUUCAGAAAGUAAACCCAAAUCCACAUUUUCCUCAUUGAAAAGCAUUAGAAGAUAAUUGGAGUUGGAAUUUCAUUGUAUUUCCUGAAUUGAAAUGGAAUUGACCCCAACCCUGGCACCUUGUGUAUUCUACUAUUCUAACUCACAGCAAGUUGAGAUCCCAACUGAGUUCAUUUAAAAAACAUUUGGGGCAUUUCCUCCCAAAUAUGUUCUCACUCGCCUAUAGUAGGCAACCCAGACUUGCCAAAAGCCCUGAGGGAUGCCAACUUUAAUCUUUGGCAUACUCUAGGAAUCA